AUGCACUUCCUGUUGCUGUUCAGUCGGCAGGGGAAGCUGCGGCUGCAGAAAUGGUUCACGCCGCUGUCGGAGCGGGAGAAGAAGAAGGUGAUCCGGGACAUGGUAGCACUAGUGUUGGCCCGUCCACCACGUACCAGCAAUUUCCUCCAGUGGAGGGACCUCAAGAUUGUUUACAAAAGGUACGCCAGCUUGUAUUUCAGUGUCGGACUGGAUGAGCAGGAUAAUGAGCUGCUGGCCCUCGAGGUUCUGCACAGAUACGUAGAGUUGUUGGAUAGAUACUUUGGAAAUGUGUGUGAGCUGGACAUCAUUUUCAACUUUGAGAAGGCGUACUUCAUCCUGGACGAAUUCCUGAUGGGAGGAGAAGUCGUAGAAACAUCGAAAUUAGCUGUGGGUGCAUCGAUAGAGGAGGCCGACACUUUCCAGGAGACUAUGGAGGAAUACAUGAGCAAGCCUGCCUACUGA